CUUUCCUAUAGCCAGCCAUGGCAGAGAAGGAUCAAGUUAGGCCCUUAGCCCCAUCAAUAGAUCGCCCAAGCAGCGACGAGGAUGACACCACUUCACACCGCCGAACACUUGGUUGUAGAAAGUUCAUCAAAUGGUGUGCUUGCCCAUUAUCCUUUUUACUUCUUCUAGCAAUAAUAAUCAUCGUUUUGAUCUUCACUGUGUUUCAUGUUAAGGACCCCGUUAUCAAAAUGAAUGGUGUCAAAAUCACAAAGUUCGGACUUGCCAACACUUUAACACCAAAACCUGGGGCUAACAUGUCCAUGGUUGCAGAUGUAUCAGUGAAGAAUCCUAAUGUUGCAUCCUUUAUGUAUAGUAAUACCACCACAAGUUUGUACUAUCAUGGCAUCAUGGUUGGUGAGGCUAGAGGACCACCUGGGAGGGCCAAGGCUAGAAGAACAGUAAGGAUGAAUCUCACAAUUAAUGUCAUCACGGAUCGAAUCCUGUCCAGUCCAGAUUUUGGGUCAGAUUUGGUUUCUGGGGUGUUGACUAUGAACAGCUUCUCAAGUGUUCCUGGCCACGUUAAGAUAUUGAGCUUGUUUAAUAAACAUGUUGUUGUGAAAAUGAAUUGCACCACCACUUUCAAUAUUUCUACACAGGCAAUUGAAGAUCAGAGUUGUAAGCGGAAGGUUAAACUUUAG